AUUCCAAAAGUCAUUUAUAAUUUUGAGCACCUCUUUUUUAAAUUCAAAUCUUUUUUCCAACAAAUUUACACAAUGCUUUUGGCGACUCUACGCACGAAAUUCACAAUUACAAAUGUAGCCGCCGCUGCUGCUGGUCGCCAGUUCCCUACAACUUCGCGGCCGGACGGACUGCGUCUUUUGCACCAGACUCAUGCCAGGCAUUCGAUCCCGCAGUUCGAUGCGAACAACCCAACGCUGCGCAAAAUCCAAGAAAACGCACGAGUAAUGACAGCAAUGACAGGAGCAAUCCAGCUCUUACAGAAAAAGGGAUUCGUUGAUCCGCACAACCCAAAGCCCCCCUCGUUCAUGAAGCUGAUGCAAAUGAUGAGCGACACAGAGAUUAAGAAGACCUUUACGGAUAUGCAGACUGUGCUGAAAGAAGAGGGAAUUAGCUUUUCGCCGGCGGAUUUGUCCGCGUUUAUGAACUCUGGAACUAUGAGCGGUGAUGGGAUCAAGACGAACGAGGCAGAGCCCAAUGAUAAUAACAAUAAGGAUGCUGGUCUACUGAAGCGUAUUUCAAACACUUUUAAAGCCCGGACUUAAAAAUAAACUGAUGGUAAUUUAUUGCAUUUUUUCUCUAAAAUUAAUUGACAGUGAACUCGAUGAGUAAACGCGCC